GGUCCUCCCAGCCUGGUCCCGACGCCAUGCCGCUUCCAGACACCAUGUUCUGCGCGCAGCAGAUCCACAUCCCUCCGGAGCUGCCUGACAUCCUGAAGCAGUUCACCAAGGCUGCCAUCCGCACGCAGCCGGCCGACGUGCUGCAGUGGUCCGCGGGCUAUUUUUCAGCUCUGUCCAGAGGGGACCCCCUUCCUGUGAAGGACAGACUCGAGAUCCCAGUGGCCACCCAGAAGACAGACACGGGCCUCACGCAGGGGCUUCUGAAGGUGCUACACAAGCAGUGCAGCCACAAGCUCAUGGUGGACCUGGACGACCUGGAGCAGAAGUGGAGGAACCUGUGCCUGCCCACCGAGAAGUUCCACGCGCUCCUGAGGCUGGACCCCCCCAUGGAGAAGGACAUAGAGUGGCUCAAGUUCCUGGCGCUAGGGUGCAGCUCGCUGGGUGGGUCCCUGAACUCAGCCAUGAAGCAUGCCUGUCAGAUCCUGACAGCCGACUCCGAGGGUGGGCCUGCAUGCAUCCCCUUCAAGGCCUUCAGCUACAUUUACCGCUACCUGGCCAGCCUGGACCCCGACAUUUCCCGCCUGGACACAGAGUCCUACCUCAGCUCCCUGAAGGACAAAAUAGAGUGUAGGAAGAAUGGUAUGAUCGGCCUCUCUGAUUUCUUCAUCUCCAAGAGGAAGGUUUAAAACGCACACCGGAGCCCUCCCCAGAGACACGGGCCAGGACGCAG